GGUGGCCGGCUAAACGCGUGCGGGGGAGGCGGCUUCUUCCGGCCGGGAAGAGAGGUGAUUACUUUUGUUGAAGGACACCAGCUGCGGAAUUUUUGGCUUUGGCAGCUGUUUGUUCCCACCGAGCUGUGCUUAGGAAGCUGGCCAGCCGGGCCUCCUUUAGCUACACUGCAGCCUUUUUCAAAGCGAGUGAAUGUGGCCUGGCCCCUACAGUUCGCCAGGCCCGCUGUAAAAAGGUUAGAUUUCAGUCUGUAGACUGUCAGUGGGAAGGCCUUUCCUAAGAGGUAGCCAGAACAGAGAGCUGUAAACUCCUUGAGUGCAAGAGACUGCUUCUGUUACGUGAGUGGUUGUCACUCAUCUUUGCCUUCCUUACCUCGUGAUCUCACCAUUCCAGAUUGAAAUCAUGGCAGGUCCAGAAAAUGAUGCGCAAUACCAGUUCACUGGUAUUAAAAAAUAUUUCAACUCUUAUACUCUCACAGGUAGAAGGAAUUGUGUACUGGCCACAUAUGGAAGCAUUGCUUUGAUUGUCUUAUAUUUCAAGUUAAGGUCCAAAAAAACUCCAGCUGUGAAAGCAACAUAAAUGGAUUUUAAACUGUCUACAGUUCUUAACCUCAUCUGCUAAGUUCCCAUGCCUGGAGAAGCUAAUCCCAACUCAUCAUGUGAUGAUUCAAUUUGUACAAUAAAUUAUGAACCUGGAAAA